AAUAAAGAGCAUGAGGUAUGGCAGAUUGAAGAUACGGCUCGGACCAAAGCAUUUCAAGACCAUGCAAUCAACUGCAAUGACAUCUUUAAAUCUUUAGACCCUAAGACAGAGGAACAUAAUGACAAAUCCCAAUCCAAACAAGCGGUACCCGUCAGAACUGUGCUGACAAAGGGAAUCGCUGGCAUUGGAAAAACGGUCUCAGUGCAGAAGUUCAUCCUUGACUGGGCAGAAGGAAUAGCCAAUCGGGAUGUAGAUUUUGUCUUCGCACUUCCAUUCAGGGACUUGAAUUUCAUCAAAGAUGACUACAAUCUCUUGGAGCUCCUGAGUGACUUCCACCCUGAACUAACAGAUAUCAAGGAUGCAAAGAAGGUGGUCGACUGCAAAGUCGUGUUCAUCUUGGAUGGUCUGGAUGAAAGCCAACUUCCACUGGAUUUCCAUAACAACAAGAGGUUGUCUAAUGUAACCAAGACAACAUCAGUGGACGUGCUGCUGACAAACCUCAUCAAGGGGAAUCUGCUUCCUUCUGCUCUCCUCUGGAUAACCUCCCGACCAGCAGCAGUUGAUAAGAUACCCUCUGACUGUUUUGACCGUGUAACAGAAGUUCGGGGAUUCAACGACCCACUGAAAGAAGAAUACUUCAAGAAGAGAUUCCGUGAUGAUGAGAACCUGUCCAGCAAAAUCAUCUCACACAUAAAGACAUCGAGGAGUCUCUUCAUCAUGUGCCACAUUCCAGUCUUCUGUUGGAUUACUGCCAUGGUUCUUGGGAAAAUGUUGAGUGAAAAUGACCAUGGAAAAGUCCCUAAAACUCUGACUGAGAUGUACAUUCGUUUCCUUCUCACUCUGACAAGCAUGAAGAACAAGAAAUAUAAUGGGAAAAACGAACCAGAUCCUCGUAUUCUGUCAGAGUCUGACGUACAGAUAAUUCUGAAGCUUGGAAAACUAGCCUUCCAAAACUUGGAAAAGAGCAAUCUGGUGUUUUCUGAAGACGAUCUGAGAGGGUGUGGCAUUGAUGUCAAAGAAGGCUUCUUGCUCUCAGGGAUGUGCACAGAGAUCUUCAGAGAGGAGGACCCAAUGUUUAGAGCAAACAAGUACAGCUUUGUGCAUCUCAGCAUUCAGGAGUUCUUCGCUGCACUCUAUGUUGCCUACCUCUUUGUCAGUGAACAUGUCAACCCGUUUGCAUCAAGAGAGAACAGGCUACCAAGAUCGAAUUACGGGUAUUUUGGAGAAGGUGAUGACUUCAGUGAGGACGAAGAUUACAGGCCACAACCCAGAUGUUCUCAGCAGCAGCAGAAAACACUGCAUGACUUGCAGAGGAGUGCGGUGGAUGAAGCUUUGAAGAGCAAGACCGGUCAUCUAGACCUCUUCCUCCGCUUCCUUCUGGGCAUCUCACUGGAGUCCAAUCAGAUCCUCUUGAAAUGCCUACAGCUCCAGACAGAGGGAGACAAAGAGAGUAUCCAGAAUACCAUCCAGAACAUCAAAGACAAGCUCUCAGACGAAAAACAAAGACAAUAUCCCUCCCCAGAGAGGUGCAUCAAUCUCUUCCACUGUUUGAUUGAGUUGAACGAUACCUCAUUUGUAAAUGAAAUUCAAAGGUUCUUGACAUCCAAAAACCCUGCUGAGAAGAAUCUGACGCCUGCACAGUGCUCGGCGAUGGCAUACGUACUCUUGAUGUCAGAGGAAGUGUUGGACAAACUGGACGUGAGAGAGUACAACACGUCAGAUGAGGGGCGUAAGAGGCUGGUCCCUGCUGUUCGAUGCUGCCGAAAGGCUAUACUAGCGGACUGCCGCCUUACAACGAGUUGCUGUAAACUGGUGGCAUCUGCACUACAAGCUGCCCGAUUCCCAGCUGAGAGAGCUGGACCUGAGCGGCACCGCCCUGUUGGACCUGAAGUCCCUCUCUGUUGGACUGAGGAGUCCCAACUGCCGACUGGAGUCACUUAA